AUGACAUUUCAACUCAUCAUGGAAACAAAAUCCAGUGUGGUGAAGUCUAAGUCUUCGAAUAGCGCGAAAACCUCGCGCUCUGAGCAUCAUAAUAAGAAAAGUCGAAGCAACGCAGAGUUCCAGCCACAUGCGUUGAAGAAAAGAGGGGUAUACGUGGAGAAGAAGACGAUUAAGGCCAUCAAUGAGCUGGUGACAAACCAAGUCCAAGAGAGACCUAUAAAAGCUCCACCUAGACCACGACCCGGCAACAAGAAGUUUCUAGCUUCAGUUCUGACCAUUCUAUCCAAAUCCACCACUGGUACCCAAUAUCCUGACGCCAACGAUCCUCUAUGCAAGAAGAAGGUAAGAAGACACAAUAAUGUUAGACGAAGAACUGAUAAUUUGACAAAUGACGACUUAAAAGAAGCUAGACCUAAAAGAAAAACUAAAUUUAGAUCUAAAGCACUGAACGAUGAAGUAGACAAAGAAAUAAAACAAGAACAAGUGGUCGUUUUACAAUCGAAGAAGGACAUAAUUCAGACGCCUUCGAUAUACUCUGAAAACGACUCGUUCAACUGGUCCAACUUGCCUGUUCUAGUCAAGAAAGGUCAGCAGAAUAAAGAUGCUAUAGAACAAAACAUAAGUGAAGUAGCAUCAGUUUUAGCAAGAGAGAUAAUGGAAGGACGGAAAAGCAGAAAGGAUAAGAGGGUCAGGAUUGAUGACCCAACGACUCUAGUGGCUGAGAAUAAAAAAGAGCCGACACAAGAAGCUACCAAUGAGAAAGACAAAGGACUUUAUAAUUUCUUCGUAGAUCUCCUAGAAACAACAAUCAGUGUUUAUAAUGUAAAGGCAGAGUAUGAUAAAGCGCCGAACCCUCCCAGCGAUGCUAGCUCCACUAAAAUUCCACUAGAAAUUGACGAGUCAGUGGCCAAAAAACUCAACGUUAGGUGCCCUGAGAAAACUGAGACAUCACAGCCUUCUAAUCAGUUCUACUGCCUGAAAGAUCUAGAAUUUGAUCAAGGUUAUUCAUCUCCCCAACGCGAGGUGCCAUUGAAAUGUCCAAGGAAGAAGAAAUUCCACGCCGAAUCGUUCUCUUUCUUGAGAAAGCCGAUGACGAAGAAAUUGAAAACGCAAAGUGUAGUAGAAACGAAGAAAACCUCCUCCAGAAGGGAAAAGAAGAAGACACUGCUUAAUUUAUUCAAAGAGCAGCUAAGAAUGGACGAUGACGUAUUUGAGGAACCACAGAACUUGUACCAAGCUUUGCAGGUUAUAGCCCAGAAUAAACGUAGAUGCCAGAAGACUAUACACUUCGAAGAUUCUCACAGAAAACAUAAAGAUUUCGGCUUUCCCGAAUGCAUGUUUAAAAGAAGAAAAGUUAUAUCUCCGAGUACGAAAUCUACUAAGAAUAAAAGCAAACCUGUACCGUACACACCUUCAGUUACAGGGAAAUACUCCGAAGUUAGUUCAAAAAGGAAGAAGGUAGAUUAUAAUACAGAUUUGGAAGAAUCCUACCAUUCUUUAGAAGUGUAUGGGUAUGACUACGAGAAUCCUGCAUCGAGGAAAAUCACGAAUCGAGAUAAGCAAUUACUGUUUACAUACCAUUCUACUCCCUCAAUGAGUGCACAUGGUUUAGGGUCAAAAGAUCUGUUAGAUUUCACCGAAAGCGACAGUUUGUUUUUCAACGAAUAUUGCAGGACUCCGUGAAAAUUAAAAUUAUACUUCGAUACACAAAAAAAAUUAUA